AUGGUUGUCAACGAGUGGCUGAACCCGAAUGCGGCGAACAAGACGCACGCGAUGGCCGUCACCCGGGACUACAUCUCCCAGCCGCGACUCACCUACAAGACGGUGACGGGCGUCAACGGGCCGCUGGUCAUUCUCGACGACGUCAAGUUCCCCAAGUACGCAGAGAUCGUCAAGCUGACGCUCAACGACGGCACCCAGCGCACCGGCCAGGUCCUCGAGGUGAGCGGCAACAAGGCCAUCAUCCAGGUCUUCGAGGGCACCUCGGGCAUCGACGCCAAGCACACCAUUUGCGAGUUUACGGGCGACAUUCUGCGAACGCCCGUCUCUGAGGACAUGCUCGGUCGAGUGUUCAACGGCUCCGGCAAGCCCAUCGACAACGGCCCUCCGGUGCUCGCCGAGGACUACCUGGACAUUCAAGGUCAGCCGAUCAACCCCGAGUCACGAACCUACCCCGAGGAGAUGAUCCAAACGGGCAUCUCCGCCAUCGACGUGAUGAACUCCAUUGCCCGUGGCCAGAAGAUUCCCAUCUUCUCAGCGGCUGGUCUGCCGCACAAUGAGAUCGCCGCGCAGAUCUGUCGUCAGGGCAGUCUGGUGAAGUUAGAGGGCAAGGGCCCGAUUGACGACAACUUCGCCAUCGUCUUCGCCGCCAUGGGUGUCAACAUGGAGACGGCCCGCUUCUUUAAGCAGGACUUUGAGGAGAACGGCUCGAUGGAGAACGUGUGCCUCUUCCUCAAUCUGGCCAACGACCCCACCAUUGAGCGCAUCAUCACGCCCCGUCUGGCGCUGACCACCGCCGAGUACCUCGCCUACCAGUGCGAGAAGCACGUCCUGGUCAUCCUCACUGACAUGUCCUCUUACGCCGAGGCCUUGCGAGAGGUUUCCGCCGCCCGAGAGGAGGUGCCCGGCCGUCGAGGUUUCCCCGGCUACAUGUACACUGAUUUGGCGACUAUCUACGAGCGCGCCGGUCGAGUGGAGGGCCGCACCGGGUCGAUCACGCAGAUUCCCAUUCUGACGAUGCCCAACGACGACAUCACCCACCCGAUUCCCGAUCUGACGGGCUACAUUACCGAGGGCCAGGUGUACAUUGACCGACAGCUGAGCAACCGACAGAUCUACCCGCCCAUCAACGUCCUGCCCUCGCUCAGUCGUCUGAUGAAGUCGGCCAUCGGCGAGGGCAUGACCCGCAAGGAUCACGCCGACGUGUCCAACCAGCUGUACGCCUGCUACGCCAUCGGCAAGGACGUCCAGGCGAUGAAGGCCGUCGUCGGUGAGGAGGCACUCACCGCUGAGGAUCUGCUCUACCUUGAGUUCCUCAACAAAUUCGAGAAGACCUUUAUCACUCAGGGCAACUACGAGAACCGAACGGUCUUUGAGUCGCUGGACAUUGGCUGGAAGCUGCUGCGAAUCUUCCCCAAGGAGAUGCUGAAGCGAAUUCCCGCCGACACGCUGGCGGAGUUCUACCCGCGCCAGGGCGGAGCUAGCUCCAGUGCCGCCGCUGCUGCUGCUGCCAAGAACUAG